CCGCAAACAGCCGGAGGCAUCAGUGGGCGCUGUCAGAGCGGUGUUUCGACACCGAUAUGCCGCUCGACGCGAAAGGCCGACAAAAAAUUGCGAGCACGAACCCUGAUUCGGCCGAGGAGGCCUCGCUGCUCGAGAAGGCCGCCGCUUCUGACGACCCCAGCGUGCUAGCGGGCGAGGCUCGCCCGUCGCCGAGCCCUCUGCUGCUGCCCGCUCGCGGCGUCUUUGCCGCCUUCGUCCUCCUUGUCGUGAUCAUCGGCUGGCUCUCGGCCCGGUACGGCCCGCCAGCCAAAGAGCGGCGACCGGCGGGCUCCGUCGGCGAGAUCGUUUAUUCGGCGAGUCGGAAGGCGCUCGGCGGCGGGCUGUCCGGCGCGGCGGCGGGCGUAGCGCAGGUGAUCUUGCUGAUGUGGCUGCGCACGACGAUGAACUACCAGUAUCGGCACGGCUCAUCCACAUGCGCCGCGAUGCGGACGCUUUACGCGCAUGGCGGCGUCUCGCGCUUCUACCAGGGCCUGCCGUACGCGCUGCUGCAGACGCCGCUCUCGCGCUUUGGCGACACAGCAGCAAACACAGGCGUCCUCGCGCUCCUCUCGUCGACCGCUGCCGGCGGCGCCCUACCCGUCGCGCUGCGCACUGCGCUGGCGAGCGCAGCGGCGGCGCUGUGGCGCGUGGCAAUCACGCCGCUCGACACGCUCAAGACGGCGCUUCAGGUGGAGGGGAGGGGCGCGUAUGAGCUGCUGCUGCGCCGCGCGAAGCAGAACGGCGCCUGUGAGCUUUGGGCCGGCGCGCUCGCGUCUGCGGCGGCCAAUUUUGUGCCAAGAGUUGUUCGGAGAUUCUGGUCGCCGCCGGGUGAUUGUCUCGUCAGCCCGUGCGGCUGUGGACAGGUGGGAGGCUACCCGUGGUUCCUCACCUUCAACGCGCUCGACGAGCUGCUGCCGAGGGCGGAGCCGGCCGGGCCGCGGCUGCUGUUGCGCUCAGCAACACUCGGCGUCUGCGCCGCCGCAGUCUCGGACUGCCUCUCCAACUCCAUCCGCGUGGUCAAGACGACCCGACAGACUGCGGAGGCGCCUCUCUCGUACGAAGAGGCCGCGGAGUUGGUGCUGCGGCAGGACGGGCUGCGGGGGCUCCUCUGCCGCGGGCUCGGCACGCGCUUGCUGGCGAACAUCGUGCAGGCCGCCCUCUUCACGGUGAUAUGGAAGCAGCUUGAGGCCGGGAUGAGGGGACGUGGACUCGCGUAGCGCGCAGAGAGGUGCACGAUUUUAUUUGUACUAUCGAGAGCGCGCGACUUAC